AUGAUUGAAUCUAUGCUUUCUGAUCCAAACACCUCUAAUCUUAAUCAGGUUAACAAAAAAUCGUUUGAUGAAACAGUAAAGAGGCGUGAAACCCUAAACCCAACAACAAUUGAUGUUGAGCCUGCUCUAGAAAUACCUAAUGAUUUCUUUCAAGAAGGGUGUAAACCUUUUCAACAAAGUUUCAUUGCCAGAUUGGAUCCUACGGGAUUAAAGUUCUUUGAAGUUAAAAAAACCCUUGAGGAACAAUGGAAAUUAGGUUGUAAGUUUGUGCCGAUGACUAAGGGUUUUUUCAUUAUUAUGUUAUCUAGUGAAGCUGAUAAGGAAAAGAUACGUGCAAACAAGUGGUAUGUUAAAGAACAAGCUUUGAAACUGAUUGAUUGGUAUCUAGGUCUUCCUAUUGAAUUAUGGACUGAGAAAUCAUUACUUUCAAUGGGUAAAUCUCUGGGGUCACCAAUUGUGGUUGAUCAGAGAACCCUAGAUCUUGAAUAUGGUUACUUUUCUGCUGUUUUGGUGGAUAUUGACUUUUCAAAACACACUCAUGAACGCAUCUCCCUAACAACAGGUGGUAAGAAGUUUUGGCAAUAUGUUGAUAUUCAGAAUCCUCCAAUGUUCUGUUUCUCUUGUAACAUCAUUGGGCAUAUAGAUGAUGAAUGUAAGAAGAAGGCUAAAAACAAAGUUGUUAGUAAGGAAACUAAAUCUGCUGGCAAGGAAACUACUCAACAAACAAAACAAGUUUGGAAGGUUAAAAGUAAUAAUAUUGAGAAUGUGGUAGAAGUCGCAACAACUUCAAUGUUGGAGAAAAAUUUAGCUAAUAACCAAGUUGUAGAUGAUCAAGAGGAUUUGAUAGUUCAAGGCAAUGUAGCUAAGCAAAAUAACGCAGUUAAAGCAGCUAUUGCUGCACGUAAAGUUGAUAAAUCCAAUACAAAAUCUGAAGUUACUGGAAAAGUUAUGGAAGUUAAGUCCAACGUAAACUCUGAUUUGGUAAAGUCCAUCUCCAAUCCAAAUGCCGUGAACAAGCAACAGGCCGUGAACAAACAAAAAUUGGAAGGCAGUUCCAUGUCAGAUCAUGCAGGUAUUACUCCCGUUAACACUCGGGUCAUAAUAAUGAAGAUUAUCUUAUCUGCUUAA